AACACUUUCACUUCACGUCUCUUUUUUGUGUUUUUUUUUUUUUUUUUUCUUAAAAACGGGGCGCGGUAAUCUUUUGAGAUUAAGUAAAAUUAUAGUCAAUAACAACAUCAGCGCGUGGUGAAAAUGGUACUUCGUUGGGGAAUAGCAAGUUGUUCCAGAGCCAGUCAUGACUUCGCCCAGGCUUUGAAAACAUUUCCUACCGAGGAGCACAUUUUAUUUGCUGUAGGUUCCUCAAAUCAAGAGACUUCCGACACAUUCCGAAAUCUUUAUCAUGUGGAAAGGGGUUACCCAUGUUACGAGUCACUAGCCAAAGAUAGAGACGUGGACGUUAUUUAUGUAUCAGUCCAUAAUGGUUUGCAUUACGAAAUUUGUAAAUUAAUGUUGGACAAUUCAAAGCAUGUUGUUUGUGAGAAACCACUGAGCUAUGACAAAAGAACUGCAAAGGAACUUACUCUUUUAGCAAAAAUGAAAAGAGUUUUUUUGAUAGAGGCUAUGUGGACAAAAUUUUUUCCAGCCUGGAAGUUUCUUGACACGAUCAUUGAAGAAAACAUUAUUGGGGAACUAAUGUUUGUUCAGGUAACCUUCGGACUUAGUAUGUACAAUAGAAGAAACCUAGAUCUAAAAAGUAUGUAUAAAGGAUCGAUUAUGGAUUUCGGAUUGUACGGAUUAACAUUCCAACAAAAUUUAUUUAAAGACCAAAUUCCGAUGAAAGUAAUAACUACCGGACAUUUAGGUCUUCAAUCAGUUGACGAAUCCGCCAGUUGUAUUAUUCAUUAUCCCGAAGGUAAAACGGUUGAUAUAUCGGUCCACACCAAAGUCGACUUACCAAAUGAAGCUAUUAUUGUCGGUACAGAAGGCACCAUUAGAAUUCCACAUUUUUGGUUCCCAACUAAAGUUAUUUUACCGAAUGGAAGAGAGGAAAUAUUCAAGUUACCAGGUGGAGAAAAAACUGUAAGCCGAACUGUAGCUUUCAUUUACUUGAUUGACGAAGUCCAAAAAUGCAUCAAAAAGGGUUUGCUGGAGAGUGAAGUACAUGACCACAAUUGUACGUUGCAAAUAAUCGCUUGGAUGGAAAUGUGGAGAAAACAACUCGAAGUUAAAUACGAUUUGGAUAUUUAGUCCAGUAUUUAAAAUUUAAAGCCUAUCACCAUGGUAUGUAUAUGCACGCCGGUAUGAAUUUAUUAGUUAGAAUGCUAAAUGGUUAAUUUAAAUUAUGUAAAGCAAAGCAAAAUCUUCGCAAUUUUGAUGUGAAAUACCAAUUUCUAUAUACUUGAUAGAGUUUAUAAACGCGUAAUCAUGAUGGGAUUUCCUUUACAAAGAAGCAUUGGCUUCGCGUCAUUAUAUAUAAUUAAGUAACUUUCUACUGAUCGAAUACUUUGAUAUGGAAAUCUAACUGAACACGUCUCGGAUACAAUUUUAUUCAGCCCUUUAAUCAAGUAUGCUUCAAAUUGUUGAAAAUUUUGGCAAUGUCUAUUUGUUAAACCGUUGAGAUGAUCAAUAUUUCAAUAUCAUUUUAAUUUAAAGUUGGAAUGAAGGACGCUGCAUAACAAACAACUUUUAUCUGUUUUUAAUUGCCACAUAAACAUACGUCAAAAUGCCGAUAUUACAAUCUGAAAUCCAUCGGUAGCUUUCGAAAUUGCUUCAAUGGAAAAACAGAAGUCACACGCAGCACUGAUUACGGUUUCCAAUUUUAAUAGUCAUCUCUGAUUUAUUGCACGGGUGUUUCGGUUGCUUUAGGUGCAUCGUUAUUCUUGUUUUAAUCAAGAAUGACAAAAUGCGCCUAAUUUAAUAUAUAUUUCUUUUCGAAAUCAUCAAUUCAAAUAUUUUGUUUAGGUGACAUUAAUAAAAGAAAUUCGUAGUAAAA